AUGACAUCCCAAAACACACGCACAAGAACCCUCGUCGAAUGGGCCCUGUCCCUAAAGUAUGACACCCUACCCAACGCCGUCAUAAACCGCACCAAGGACUUCUUCGUGGAUACGCUGGCCUGCGCCGUCGCAGGCCGGGACCACAUCGCAGUGACAUCGAUGCUGGAGUACGCGAAGAAGAUGGGCCCCGCGGACGGGAAAUGCGAGAUCAUCGGGUUCCCUGAUGUGCGGACGUCUCCGGCGUUUGCGGCGCUGGUUAAUGGGGCUUCGGCGCAUGUUGUUGAGCAGGAUGAUUUGCAUAAUAGUUCUGUCAUGCAUCCCGCGACAAUCAUCUAUCCUACUGCGCUGGCUGUAGCGCAGGAUGUGGGUGCGAGCGGGAAAGAGUUUAUAACUGCGUGUGUUAUCGGGUAUGAAUUCGCUUGUCGGGCUGGCGAGUAUUUAGGGAAAGCUCAUUACGAGAAAUUCCACACAACAGCCACAACAGGCGUGCUCGGCGCCGCCGCAACAACCGCGUACCUGCUCCGUCUAAACGUCGACCAGUUCGUCUCCGCGAUUGGUACGGCCGGGACGCAGGCUGCUGGACUGUGGCAGUUUCUGCUUGACGCGGCGCACAGCAAGCAGGUCCACACGGCGCAGGCGUGUGCGACUGGUGUGUUCUCAGCUUAUACCUCGGCGUUAGGGCUCCUAGGAACGGCCGAUAUCCUAGAAGGGUCGAGGGGCAUGGGCGCUGCGCUAGGGAAUCUUGAUCCAACCCCUAGUGCGAUUGAUGGCGAUCUAGGCAAGAAGUGGUCUGUUCUCGAGUCAAGUUUCAAGUGGCAUGCUUCGUGCAGGCAUACGCACCCUUCGGCUGAUGCGCUGCUUGCGCUGUUGAAGGAGGAAGGGGUUAAGUAUACUGAUAUUGCGGGUAUCACCGCAUACACAUACAAAGCGGCGAUUGAUGUGUUAGGUCUCAGUGGAGAGGGGAAGACAGUACACCAGAGCAAGUUCUCUAUGGGCUUUGUGUUGGCUGUUGCGGCGAAGAAGGGGUCCGCUGGACUGAUGGACUUUACGGAGGCCGAUUUAGUAGACCCUGAGUUGCGGGAGUUGCAGAGAAAGGUGAGCAUGGUUCUUGAUGAGGAUAUAAAUAAGGAGUUUCCGGCUAGGUGGCUAGGGAGGGUUGUUGUUGAAACAAAGGAUGGGAGAACCUUGACGAGGUCGGUGGAUGUCGUGAAGGGGGAUCCAGGGUGGACGUUGACCAGGGAUGAAAUUGAGUCAAAGGCUCUGGCGCUUGCGAAGUAUGGCCACGUCCAGGACAUUUCUGCCUUCAAGGAUGCCGUGCAGAGGAUAUGGAAUUUGGAGUCGCAGGACAAGAUAGAGAGAUACUCAUUUGCUUAA